GUCCGAAGCUGCAGCCCUCGCGUUCGAGUACGGCUAUUCUCUGGGUGACGAGGAUGCCCUGGUUUGUUGGGAGGCCCAGUUUGGAGACUUCGCCAACUGCGCCCAGGCCGUGAUCGACGAGUUCAUCGUCUCCGGGGAGGAGAAGUGGGGCCAGGCUUCCCGGCUCACCUUGCUGCUCCCUCACGGCUACGAUGGUCAGGGUCCAAACCACAGCAGCGCACGAUUGGAGCGCUUCCUGCAACUCACCAACGACGAUCCGAACCAUCUCCCUGGAAACUCCCCCGAGGAGCUGCGGGAGAUCGAGCGUGCCUUCGAGAUCCUCGAUGCGGAGGGCGCCGGCAUCCUGGAGGAGGGCGCCGUCAAAAGCUACAUGGAGAGACUGCCGGCGUUUCAGUCGCGCGAGUUCGAAGACGAGUGGGAGCUUUGGCUACGAGUGGCCCGGAACAUGAAUCCGGAGGCAACGGGGAUCACUCGCAGAGACUGGCGGAUGAUCAUGCAGCAGCUCUAUCGUCGCAAUGCUGAGAAGGAUGCUAACAUUUUCGUGUUGAACGUGACUACUCCUGCGCAGUAUUUCCAUGUGCUGCGGCGCCAAGCCCAUCGGCCCUUCAUGAAGCCACUGGUGCUAAUGUCGCCCAAGUACCUGCUGCAUCAUGCGAAGGCCACCUCGCCGUUGGAGGACUUUGGUGAGCAAAGCCACUUUAUGCGGGCCGAUGUCGUGUGGUGCCAGGAGGAGCCAAAGAACAUGGGAGCAUGGUCCUAUGUCUCGCCGAGGCUGGCGACCUGUGUGGAGAGCGACGUGGCAUUUGUCGGGCGGCCGGUCAGUGCCGCACCUGCCACGGGGUCGGCGCAGAUCCACCGCGAGGAAACGCGGCUCAUCCUCGACGCGGCCUUUGCCAGUUGA